GAAUAUGAAGUAAAAAAAAAAAAAAAGAAACAUAGAUAAUAUUGUGAAACGAUCGGGAACACUCGGAUAUGAGAUGAUGAGAGUCGUUUGAAGAACACCAAUGUGGAACGACGCGUAAGGAAAGGGAGAGACGGAACUCGUUAUUGUAAUCAUCGUCAUCAUCAUCAUCGUUGCCGUUGUCGCUGUAUGAUUGUUCUAGCUAGAAAAGCCGGGACAGUACAAAGGCUGCAAAAGACAACGGAGAGACGACAACCGGGAAGAGAGAGGGCUAUUACCUUCGCCCGCGCUCUUUCCCUCGCGCUCUCGCUUCACCCCUUUCUUCCCGUGAAGGGAUUAAGCGUUGUAGAGCUACUUGCGCAACGUGGACCAACCGACGGAGCGUUUCGAGUUAACAACCUAACAUUACCUUGCCAAUGUUAUUCAGCGAUCUCGUUUAUUUUAGAUGGUAAAAUAAGGAACGUUGAAGAAACGAGAUACGCGGAAACACUCGAGAUAAUUAUCGAUCAUAUUAGAACUGGAAGAGGACAGAAGUCGAAGAGAAAUUACAGAUUAUUCGUAAUCACUACACACAAUCGGCGAUUAUUCUACGAUCGAAAUACGUUUUUCACGGGGGAUUAAUAAAUAUUCCACAAUGUACUGAUCAAGUACGAGAGAGAAUAACUUUGUUUCUAAAAAUAAAGAAAAAAUAAAAUCUAUCGAGACUCGGUCUACGAUCGGAAAUAGCGUUAUAAAUGGAAGGCGACAAAAUUCCGGGAAGGAAUUUGCAGACUCGAAAUUGGGCUGAUUAUUAGAAAACAUCGAUAUACGAUCGUUCCACGUUACGUCAGAUUGCGCCAAGAAAGAUUUCUCGAAGGAAAGGAUCUCGGAGAAAAUUCUUGCACGUCUCUGCGAAUUUUGAGGAAAUGGCAAUGUCGGCGACGGUGUCACCGGCGAAACCCGCGCGCGGACGCGGCCCGGCCGACGGCCGGGCCUUCUUCGAGACGCUCUGGCGAGGCGGCAACUUCCUGCUGGACCGGCAAAAGGUGCUGAAGCGCUCGCGCAAACGCAAAUUGCACUACGCGGCGGCCAAUAACGGUGGCAAGAGGAAGCAGCAGCAGCAACAGCAACUGCUGCAGAUGCAGCGUCAACACUGCUGUUGCUGCCAGCGCAUUCAGCUGCACCUGCUUGCCGAACGGCGAAGCAACAUACGCUCCGUCGUCAGCGUACGGGAGACACACCAGAUCGCCGAGGCGCAGCAGGAGAAGAAUGCGAAGCUCCGCGAGGCGUUCGGCAUCUCCGAGUUCUUCGUGGAGGGCAGUAGCCUAGACCCGGAGCGGCACGCGCGCGAGGCGGAGGCGCGAGCCGCCGCCGCCGCCGCGAGCAAGGUCUACGAGCUGGUGCGUACGCCGAGCCCGGCACCGCCGCCGCCGGCACCGGAAGUGAUCGCCACCACGACCGCCGAGAAGAAGAAGCGAAAGCGUUCCGGCAGCGCGAGCGCGAGCAAGAAGAAGAAGGCCAAGAAGCACAAGCGGGAAAGAUCCGAAUCUCCCAAGUCCGGCAAGAAGAAAGAAAAGUCCAAGAAAAAGAAGAAGGAGAGGAAGCACAAAAAGGCCGAGGCCACGUCGUCCGACAGCGACUCCAGCGAGGAUUCCGAUGACAGCAACUCGUCCGAGGCCGAGUCGAAGAAGAAGAAGAAGAAGAAAAAGAAAAAGCUGAAAGUCGAUGGAAAGGACAAACAUGAGAAGAAAAAGGCUUCGAGUAAACGGAAACGUCAGUCAUCCGAAAGCUCUACGGACAGCUCCGUGGAAAGACCGAAAAAGGUGAAACAUGAGAAAAAUACCGCGGUGGACAAGGCGUCGAGGAAUGAAGUUUCCGAGAGUACCGUGGCCUCGCGUGAGCCGCUUCCUCCUCGAUCGAUCCGAUCACCGAAGCGAGAUACAUUGUCGCGAACAAUGUCUCGGAACGAGACUCCGCCGCUGCCGCCGUCGGCCGUCACUAAGACAAAGAAGGAUUCGCCGAAGAAGAGCGCGGCAGAGAAGCGGGACAAAUCGCCGAUGAACCACAACAGGAGUCCUGUACCGUCAUCGAACAGGCGACACAAGUCAUCCUCCAGAAGCAGAGGCGAUAGAGGCGACAGAAACGAUAGAGACCGAGACAGAGACAAAGACAGAGAUAGAGAUAGAGACAGAGGAGGAGGAGGAGGAGGAGGAAGGUCUCCCAGGAGGUAUUCGAGGUCACGUCGCGUGAGUCCGUCUCCCAAACGGAGACGAGGGUAUUCUCGAUCGCCCAGGAGACACGGCAGGCACUCUGUCUCCAGGAGCAGGAGCCGUUCCAAAUACGAUCGUUACGGAUCCUCCCGCAGGAGGCCCGUGUCUCCGCCAGCGAGACGCAGGGAGACCGAUUCUCGUCGAAGAUCGCGCUCGGCGAGGCGACAGCAGCAACGCUCCCGGCGAUCCCGAUCGCGCUCCACCCUGAGUUAUUCGCCGGUCAGAAAGAAUCCGGAGCGCUACAAGGACAUCCUGGAGGAUCGCAAGCCGCGGCGGGAUCAGAAGAAGAAAACUAAAGGCGACAAGGUGAAGUCACGCUCGACGUCGAGAAACAGGAAGGCGCAGCAGGUGGCGGUUGCGCCCAGAGUGAGUCUGAGAUCGUCGAGCGAGGACGAGGCCGAUCUCGCCGACGACGAACCCAACAAGCAGCAGCAGCAAGAGGAGGACGAGGAAAGGAGGAUCAUAGAGCUGAACACGUUGAAACGACUGCAGAGUGGCCUGGCGGCGAAGGCGCGGGAGACGCUGGAGAAGAAGGUGAUCAGUCCCACGAAGAUCAAGAUUGAGAGGAGGGAGGAUGUGUUAGACAUCGCUCUGCCGAACGAACCACCGAAAACCAUCGCGCAGAAUUCAACCGUACCGAUUCGAGACAGGUCCGCGUCGAAGGAGCCAGUUAUACAGGCUCUACCGGCCAUUCAGUCGCCGGUGUCCAGUAGAUCGCCCUCGCCGGCCCUACCUCUCACCCGAGAGGAGGCGGCGAUCAAGAUCAGAUCGCCGAGCGAGUCGCCGCCGCCGCCGCUGCCGUUGCCUCAGCAAUCCUUCGAGAGAGUCGAUUCCGCAUCUCCCAGCGUGAAGACCAAGACAAACAGCCAGUUUUCGAGAUCGCCAAGUUCCUCCGGCAAGAAAGACUCGCCGUCGAUCGCGUCUUCGAAGAAGGACACCUCGAAGAGAGAGUCGUCCUCCCGUUCCCCCACCACGACAAUGAUAUCCAGAGAGGACAGCACGAUAAUGAAACUGCGCUCGCCGAGCGAAUCACCGCCACCCUUGCUGAACAUCUCAUUAGCCAGAUUGAAUCGGCGCUCGAGAUCGCCGAAGAAGGGCAAAUCAUACUCCAGAUCGGCGUCGAGAUCAGGCACGAGAUCGCCGUCCGUCGUGGACAAAGUGAGGUCUUCCAGAUCGCCGUCCGGGGACAAGAAGUCGCGAUCCCGUUCGCGAGGCAAGAAAUCAUCGGCAUCGCCUGGACAGCGGUCGACCUCCAGAUCAGCCUCGAAGAAGUCGUCGCCCAAGACGAGAACGAAACAGCAGCGCUCGCCCCGAUCGAGAUCUACUUCGGCUGAGUCGAAGCGCUCGAGCGCGUCGAGAUCGCUCUCGAGGUGCAAGAAGUCCCCUUCGCGGUCCAGAAGCAGAAAUCGAUCGUUGUCGAAGAGGAGAUCGCGCAGCCGCUCUUCCGUGUCAAAGAAGUCCAGGAGCAGAUCGCUGUCGAAGAAAAGAUCGCACAGCCGUUCGCUGUCGAAGAAAUCCAAGAGUCGAUCGCGAUCGGCGUCGAGGGUCUCCAGGGACAAGGAUAAACGCAGUCACACUAGGAGCAGCUCGCGUUCCUCUGCUAGCUCCAGGCAUAGUCGAGGUAGAAGUUUUUCCAGUUCGUCAAGAUCGUCGAGCAGUGUCUCCAGUCGAUCCUCCCGCUCCUCAUCCAGCAGCUCUGCCUCCAGUAGAUCACGCUCACCGUCGAUACCUCGACGCCACGGUUCACCCAGCUUCCUAGACAGACGGCGUAUCACGAGCGCGAGGAAACGUCCGAUCCCGUAUCAUCGACCAACCCCGACACCACCCUCGUCGCCGAGUAGUUCCGAGAGCAGCAGGCACAGCAACUGGUCCACUGCGAGUCAUCGUUCCACCUGCUCCGCGAGUCGUAGUCCGUCUUACACGCGUUGAGAAAGACGCCCAUGAAUUCCCAGUAGGGGGAAAUUCGACGUUCCUUCUUCGUAUACUAGACUCGGAGCGAUCGUAGGCGCGAUCCUUUAUGACCUGAAGGAAAUCACCGUGUCCCGCUAAUCGAAUUUCCCGAGAUAUUAUCAAUUUAAAACAUUCAAAUAUGUAUUUAAAGAUAUAUUAAUUUAAAGAAUUAUAGUUGUAAAUAUUAAUUUAUAAAAACGAAAAUUCAGGUCAUGGAGGGUCGAAGAGAGUGUUCCAGUCAGGAAGUUUAAUAAUGUCUGUUAAGUUUUCCGAAAGGAAAGAUUGCACGGGGUACUCCGAGAUAAAUGGGCACGUUGCAUUAUUUUUAGCGAAAAGAAAUUGAUCUUCAUUAGCAAUAAUUUCAUUGAUGGUUUCCGUGCUGUUCAUUCGACGUGGUUCACGUGGAACAACGCCGUGUCUGUACUUUCAGUUGAUUCGGAAACAUUUUGUAUAUGAAUCGUACACAGUAUCAAUUAAUUCAAAUGACAACAGUCUAGUCUUAAAGAGGAUAACAAUCUAGUUUAAAGAAGAUAACAAUCUAGUCUAAAGAAGACAACAGUCUAGUCUAAAGAACUUUGAAAAACUGAAUUGACUUUCAGAUUAUUUUACGUUCGUAGGAAAAGAGUUUAUAUUAAUUUUAUGAAUUUAGGAUAAUGAUUUGCAAUCAGAACUAUCUGGAGAUGCAAGGGCUAAUUUUUAUUUGGUAUUAUUUGAAUAGUAUUUAUUUAAUUCCAUUUUAUUGAAAUGAAUUUUGAAUGGAAACAUCAUUCCGAGCAUAGUGCGUAAUUACGAAUCUGCGUAUUUAUUUAUUUAUUUAUUUAUUUUUUUGAUAAUUUAACAAGACACCAAUUAACCGGCUUAUAAAAUUUAUAAAAAGAAACAAAUCUCGGUCGUAACGAUAAUAUCACUUAUUCAACAUGUUGAAAAAGAAGAUGUCACAAUAUCAAUUUUAUAUUUAUUUCGAAUUUUGAUUCGAAUUACAGUGCAAUUUUGCAAUUAUUGUUGAUAUUAGAAAAUUAUGGUGGAGAAAAAUGAAUAUCAAUGUAGAAUUUAGUGUAUUAUACUCUCUUUCUCUAGUCAAACAGACUCGUAUUAUCAUGGUGCAGUAACUUCAUUUUCCUAUAACUUCUAACAGAAGUUUUCACUUAAUUUAAAAUGAAUAUUCAAAUGGGAAAAACGUACGUGUGCAAGACAAGCAAAGGAGAUAUUUUAAUAACGGAUACGAGAAUUUUCUUUCUUUCUCUGUGAAUCGUGAGAUUUUUACAAAACGUUCAUCUGUUUUUAAUAUUAUAAAUUUUCAUUGCGAAUUUUCAUUAAAUUACUUGUGUAUUUCUUGGAUCAUUAUUUGCUAAUUCUUACGUAAGCAAUAACGGAAAAGAAAAGAUCUGAUUGAGCAUUCUUUGUUACUCAUCUCAUUUACUAUCGUAAUAGUAUCAUAUAAUAUAGUGAUCUAGGCGUUUAUAAUUUGCGCUUUCUAAAUCAUGCUAUAUCCAAAGUCCUUAAACUCAUCAAUGAAUGCGGAUUUAAUUUAGGUAUUCAGAAAUUCUCAGUGCAAUGUUAUAAAUUCGUUCUUUUGUACAUUUGUAGAUAUUAUUUUUUAUAAAAUUCUACAUUUUCCUUAAAUAGUUUAAAUCCUCUCUAAACGUAUAUAUAUAAUUAUUUAUAUAUAUAGAUAAAAUUUAGUAAUUUUUAAAUUUAUUAUAUAUAUAUAUAUGUAUAUGAUGUAUUUAUUUAUUUAUUUGACAAAGUAGUUUUAAUUUAGCGACUGUGACAACACAGCGAUUCUUUUACAUGCAAUAUUCACAACUUGGUAAAAUACUCUAGUCACAGGAAGAUGAUUUCUCGCGAAGGCUCGAAACUGGGCCAGGCAGCAACGUACCAAAAAGACAUAAUUAGAAUACUAGUCUCGAUUACGCGGUUACGCGAAGUUAAGCCUCGAAGAUAUAUGUAUAGGGUUAAAGAAGGAUCAUAUUUGGAAAGUCUACAUUGUUUACGACUUGACAGAGAAAACUACGUAGCGCUAGCUCUCAUACUCGUAACGACUGAUUUCUUUCUAACGAGAAAUUCCUCGACCGCUAAUAUCGGGUCAUUGCGUACGAAUUGUAUCUCUUAACAUUCAGCAUAUCUGAAGAUACUUGACUUUUUAUCCUUUCCACCUUUCUUUCGCUCUAUACAUUUGAAUGAGAUUGAGAAUUUUGAUUUCUCAUUCUGAAAAAAAAAAAAAAAAAUCACAUUUUAUACGCAAUGCUCGAUCGACGCUGUCGAGCUCCAUAUUAAUGUAGGUCGGAUACAUUUUACAAUUUUUCCAGUGCAAUGUUUGUGAUCGCUCCCUUCCUGAGAUUCGUUUCCGCGUAUAAUAUAAAAUAAAUAAUAUAUAUUCGAAUAUACAGCGAAGUUAUGGGAAUGUUAAAAGGGUAAAACUUGAAAACUCUAUACCUUUCGCACGCCAUUGUUACCCUAAUUACUUAAAAGGUCUCCGAAAUGAUAAAUUCUACGUAGGAAACGACGUGCAAGGAAAUCCCUUUCAAAAUUCGAGUUGCUUUCAAAGAGCAGAACGCCCCGAUCUCUUCGUCAGUUCAUCAUUGAGAGGAACUCGUGAUCUGAAACUCUUGAACCUGACGUCUGUACCCGCUUAUGAUUUACAGCCAUCGUCGAAUGUUAUCGUCUCGUUAAAGUGAGAGAAAAUUCGGAUAUUAUAUCUGUAAUAUACUCUGUAUUGUUGUUGUGUGAUUAAAUCGAAAAUCUCAAACACA